AAAAAAACAAAAAUAAUAUUGGUAGCCACGUUACAUUGGUUACAAGACAAAAACACAAAAGUAAGUUUUGCAGUCGAAUAAUACAAAGCGAUCUUGAUGUAAAGCCACGAGCUAGUGGCGAUAAUGAAGCACGUCCCUACACUCUACUUCUUGCUCUCCACUCUCCUCAUCCUCGCCGUCUCCAUCGAGUCUCUACAGCCUCCACUCUUUCCCGAUGAAUCUCUCCCAACUAAAUCCGGUUACCUCCCGGUUAAACCGGCCCCAGGCUCCUCCAUGUUCUAUACCUACUACGAAGCCCAAAACCCAACCACUCCUCUCACCGACACUCCGCUCCUCGUUUGGCUCCAAGGUGGGCCAGGCUGCUCUUCCAUGAUCGGCAACUUCUACGAGCUCGGCCCUUGGCGAGUAGUUUCACGCGCCAACGUUCUAGAACCAAACCCCGGCGCCUGGAACCGACUAUUCGGCCUGCUUUUCUUGGACAACCCCAUCGGAGUCGGAUUCAGCAUCGCCGCUUCAAAACAAGACAUACCGAGUAAUCAGAGAGAGAUGGCAGAGCAACUCUACGCAUCCCUCGUGGAGUUCAUCGAGCAGAAUCCGGGUUUUGAAAACCGGCCGGUUUACAUAACCGGCGAGAGCUACGCCGGGAAGUAUGUUCCAGCCAUCGGGUACUAUAUACUCAAAGAAAAGCCCAACGGGAAGAUAAAUCUAAAAGGCCUGGCUAUCGGAAACGGGCUAACCGACCCGGUGGCCCAAGUCCGGACACAUGCGGUCAACGUCUACUAUUCGGGUCUGGUCAACGCGAAACAGAGAGAGGAGAUAGAGAGAGCUCAAGAGAUAUCGAUAUCUCUCGUUAAGGCCCAGAGAUGGCGUGAAGCAGCAGAGGCGAGAACCGAACUACUGACGCUACUCGGCAACAUGACGGGACUCGCGACGCUUUACAACACGGCGCGGACGAUACCGUAUAGAACGGACCUUGUGGUGGACCUUCUGAACCAGAGAGAGGCGAAGCGGGUGUUGGGAGUGAGCGAAACGAUGCGUUUUGAGGAAUGCAGCGACGAAGUGGAAGACGCUUUACGGGGAGACGUGAUGAAGAGCGUCAAGUUCAUGGUGGAGUACGCGGUGGAGAGGACCAACGUGCUGUUGUAUCAAGGUAUGCUUGAUCUGAGAGACGGCGUCGUUUCGACGGAGGAGUGGAUGAAGACGAUGAACUGGUCGGGGCUGGGGAUGUUUCUGGCGGCGGAGAGGCGGGUGUGGAAGGACGAGGAGAACGGUGAUCUGGCAGGGUAUGUACAGAGGUGGGGGAAUCUGUCACACGUGGCGGUUUCAGGAGCGGGGCAUUUCGUUCCGACAGAUAAGGCUGUUAACUCGAGGGAUAUGAUAGAAUCUUGGGUUCUGGGAAAAGGUCUGUUCGGUCGUGAAGAUGUACAUCAGACAUUAACGUCAAGCGUUUUAGAGUCUAAGUCAAAUAGAUUUGAUUCUGGAUAUUGAGUGAAAGACCUAUUGUACUGGUUGAGAUAUGUAACACUGAAUAAGAGUCUGUUUCUAGUUGGUCUUGUGAUUUUUAUUUACUUUCUCUUGGAUAUAGGUUCUUUUCUCCGGGGCUAAUUAUUUGCCUGUUAUAUGAAA